AGAACGAAAACUAAACCCUAGUUAUGUGCCCGGCGAAUCUCCCGUUUUUAGUCAAGAGAACCAUUUUUGCAGGUGGUUGAGAUGGACACGGGAUCAGAUCAUCCCGAAACCCUAGCCAGAAGGCACAAAUGUCCUGCAUGCUUUAAACAAUUUAAGAGAAAGGAACAUCUUAUUGAGCACCUGAAGGUCUCAUAUCACUCAGUUCAUCAGCCAAAAUGUGGUGUUUGUCAAAAGCACUGCAAAACUUACGAAUCUCUUCAUGAACAUCUUACUGGUCCAUUGCGGAAAGCAUGUUGUUCAAAGAUUUUCUCUGAUCUAGGCUGCAGUCUUUGUUUCAAAAUAUUUGAUAACCCCAAUUCCCUUACCAAGCAUAAAGAAGGAUGCUGCCUUUCUGCACCUGCUCCCUCUGGAAUAGCAAUGCGUUGUGCAGAAUCUCAGGAGAAAAUUUCAGGCGUAGUUGUUAAAAAUCACACUGGCAGAGGCCAUGGUGCAGUAGCCAUGGACUGCGAAAUGGUUAGUGGUGGAGACAAUGGAUCACUCAACCUUUGUGCUAGGGUCUGUCUCAUUGACGAAGAUGAGAAUAUAAUUUUCCAUACUCAUGUUCGACCUCAAUUCCCUAUCACAAAUUAUAGAUAUGACGUAACUGGGUUAACUGAGGAGCAUCUAAAAGAUGCCAUGGCACUAAAUGAAGUGCGGGAUAAAAUUUUGCAAAUUUUGUACAAUGGAGAGUCUGUUGAGAAGCUAAGGUUGGAUGGUGGAAAGGCUAGACUUCUUGUGGGUCAUGACCUAGAGCAUGAUUUAGAUUGCUUAAGAAUGAACUACCCUGAGCACAUGCUGAGGGAUACUGCAAAAUACUGUCCAUUGAUGAAGACAAAUCUGGUUAGCCACUCGCUCAAAUACCUCACCAGAACAUAUCUGGGGUACGAUAUUCAGUCCGGGGUGCAUGACCCAUAUGAGGAUUGUGUGGCAGUGAUGAGAUUGUACAAGAGAUUUAGUUGCCAACUUGAUCAUGUGGAAGAAAUCGGAACUCAAAAUAUUACCGGGGGUUUGGAGUCAUAUAUGUCAAAGGAACUUAUGAAGAUGAGCCCAAGUGAACUCUAUGCCAUGUCAAGAUCCAACUAUAGGUGUUGGUGUCUGGAUUCAAGAAAAAUUAUGCAGCCUUGAUUGAAUACUUAUCUAUUAUCGUGUCUUAUUUAUCUCUCGUGUAAAUACUAAUCUUGGCGGAGCAUGGUAGUGAUGUGUUGAAGUUUUUUUUUUUUUUGAAAUACUCACCACUAGGGUUUACUUGUUAAUCUUUGUAAUUAAGUAUGCUUUUUAUGUGGAUUAUACAAGGGCUCUCUCACGGAUGCGACUGUCAAUCGACGAGGAUGACUUUACU